AUGUUCAGCUCUACCUUCAAAGCUGAUCGCCUUCGGGUUAACCUGCAACUGGUUAUCAAUCGCCUAAAACUCCUGGAAAAAAAGAAAACUGAGCAGGCCCAGAAAGCAAGAAAGGAGGUUGCAGACUAUCUGGCUGCUGGGAAGGAUGAGCGAGCUCGGAUCUAUGUGGAGCAUAUUAUCCAGGAAGACUACCUUGUGGAGGCCAUGGAGAUUUUGGAGCUUUACUGUGACCUACUGCUGUCUCGGUUUAGCUUGAUUCAGGCCACAAAGGAACUAGAUUCUGGUCUGGCUGAAUCCAUAUCUACACUAAUCUGGGCAGCUCCUCGAUUGCAGUCACAGGUGCCUGAGUUGAAAAUAGUAUCUAAUCAGCUAUGUGCAAAAUACAGCCAAGAAUAUGGCCAGCUGUGUCGAACCAAUGAGAUUGGAACUGUCAGCUCUCGGCUAAUGUGUAAAUUGAAUGUGAAAACUCUACACCAGGUUCUAGUGGAACAAUAUCUUACAGAAAUUGCUAAGAACUAUGAUGUGCCCUAUAAAUCUAAGGCAACCAUUAUGGCUGAAGCCCCAGCAGACCUGGUCAGUACCGGAUUUACCGAGGAUGUCAAGAAAGAUGCCCUUGGCAGAGGAGGUGGUCCAGGAUUCAACCCUCAAACAUCUCCAAAGCCAGAAUCAAGAGCUAAGAUUGGUUUCGAUAACUUUAUGCUGCCUGACUUGUUUGACGUAAAACCUCAAGCAAGCCUAUCCAUUGACGCUUAUGAUUCCGAAGAAGUUGACUUUGAAGAUCUUAACCGGAGACUUGAAAUGCUGAAGAAAACAACAUAA